AUGACUGUGACUGAAACAGUGCUAUGCAUGAGGAUCUUGUUCCUGGCAAAACUAUUUGGGAUUUUUAUAUCUUUCCCUGGAUUCAUUCAGGCUGGACAUCAUCAUCACCACAGUCCCACCGAAGUGGUUAUUCCUAUGAAGGUAACUGGGAAAGCCAGAGGCACGGACUCUCCAGAUUGGAUCUCCUAUAACUUUAAACUUGAAGGCCAGAGACACGUCAUCCACCUGAAGAUCAAGAAUCGUCUUCUAACCAGGCACCUCCCAAUGUUCACUUACUCUGACCAGGGUUCUCUGAUUGAAGAUUACCCAUUUGUACAGGAUGACUGCUACUAUCAUGGUUAUGUGGAGGGUGACUCAGAAUCCUUAGUUUCCCUCAAUACCUGUUUUGGGGGCUUUCAAGGACUAUUAGAGAUAAAUAACAUUGUUUAUGAAAUCAUGCCCAUAAGGUUUUCUACCAAAUUUUAACAUCUGGUCUAUAAAAUGGACAGUAAUAAAACAGAACCAAGGAGAUCCAGCCUUAUGCAAGAUACCAUAACAUGCUAAGCAGAGUUACGGGAAACUGAUACAUCCACUCUCAAACAAGGUGGCUAUUCAGGUUGGUGGACUCAUGUUAGAAUUGUUGAAUUUGUGGUUGUGGUGGAUAAGACUCUGUAUGAACACUAUGGAAACAAUGACACAAUAAUGCUGUCAGAUCUAUAUGCUGUGAUAAGUAUAGUGGAUACAAUUUAUGAUGCCAUUGGUAUUAAAAUAUUAUUGGUUGGUUUGGAGGUUUGGAAUAAGAAAAACCUUAUUGUAAUAGAUGAUGUAAGAAAAUCCCUAAGUCUAUACUGUAAGUGGAAAGCUGAAAAUAUUCUUCAUCGAUUGAAACACGAUACCACACAUCUUUUGAUAUGCAGGCACUUGCGAGGAUUAAGUGGAAUAGGUUCAACAAGAGGGAUGUGUGAUCCAAACCAUAGUUGUGCCAUUGUCACUUUCAUAGACAGGACUUUGAACCUCCGUGCUCUUGGAGUCGCUCAUCACUUAGGUCAUAAUGUGGGCAUGCACCAUGAUCAAGCUACGUGUAAGUGUAGAUCCAGUAAGUGCAUAAUGCACAUUGACAACCUGCCAAUACCCAUAUUCAGCAAUUGUAGUUAUAAUUACUUUUGGAGGUAUGCUGUAAGAGAGGCAACACGUUUGAUGGAAAACAUGUACACACAUGAUAUCUUUAAUGCGAAGCGCUGUGGAAAUGGUGUUGUUGAAGUCGAAGAGCGGUGUGACUGUGGGUCUUUAAGGCAUUGUGCAAGAGAUCUCUGCUGUAUGCCAGACUGCACUUUGAGUGAUGGGUCUUCCUGUGCCUUUGGACUUUGUUGUAAAAACUGCCAGCUUUUACCAUCAGGAGAGGUGGGUAGAAAAGAAGCUAACAUGUGCGAUCUUCCCGAGUGGAGCAAUGGAACAUCCCAUGAGUGCCCACAGGAAGAGGGAAUUCCCUGCAAUGUCUCUGCCUACUGCUAUGGAAAGCAAUGCAAUGACCGCAAUGAACAACGUAGGCAGAUUUUUGGCCAGAAUGCAAAGGCAGCAAAUACAAAUUGCUACGUAGAAGUAAACACCAAAGGUGAUCGUUUUGGCCACUGUGGUCUUCAGGGACCUGGGUACAUAAAAUGUGAAACCAACGAUGCCCUUUGUGGGAGACUUCAAUGUGAUAACGUGACGGAACUUCCCCGUUUGAAAAAUCACAGUACUGUGCACUUUGCUGUUGUCAAAAACUUACCCUGCUGGGGCACCGAUUACCAUGCUGGGACAUGGCUAACUGACACAGGUGAUGAGACAGAUGGCAUAGAGUGCGGUCAAGAUGGUAUCUGCAUCCAUAGGCAUUGUGUCCAUAUAUCUGCCCUGGACAGCAAUUGUUCACCUAAGUUCUGUAAUACGAGGGGCAUCUGCAACAAUAAGCAUCACUUCCACUGCAACUAUUUGUGGGAUCCUCCUAACUGUGAGAUAAAGGGCUAUGGAGGCAGUGUAGACAGUGGCCCACCUCCCAAGACAGAGAGGAAGAAAAAGGUUUGCUACCUGUGUCUAACACUACUCACUAUUUUGUUUGCUUUAUUAUGCUGUCUUUGUUGCCUAUGUCCUAGAAAAAAAAGUAAACAAAGGUCCCAAAUUCAGCCUACAUCUGUCAAAAUAGAAAAUGUUCCAAGCAAACUACCUAGUUCAGAGGAUUUCCAGAGUCCACCUCGGUCAAGAGUGCCAUCAGUACCAGUUUCAUUAACUUCAUCUAUAAAAAGGACCAAUUAA